CGCAGUGAGCGCGGGGAGCCAUGGCCGCCGCCGCUCAGUACCUGCCCCGCAGCGCCCCGCUGCACCCCGACGCCGACCGCCUGCACCAGGGCACCACCUACCGCGAGGUGCAGAAGAUGAUGCACCACGAGUACCUGCAGGGCCUGGCCGGCGGCUCCGGCCACCCCAUGAGCCUCGCCCACCACCAGUGGCUGCCCGGCGCCGGCGUCGGCUCCGGCUCCGACUGGGGCAGCGGCUCCCACCUGGGCCCGGCCGAGCACGGCAAGGGCAGCGUGCAGGGGGCGGCCCGGGAGGAGCUGCCCGGCGCCUUCCACCCGCGCUCCCACCUGGUGCACCAGCAGGCGCCCGGCGGCCACCCGGCCUGGGCGCAGGGCAGCGGGCACCACCUGGCGCCCAUGUCCCCCACGUCCAGCGGGCACCAGCCGCUGCUCUACGCCCAGCCCGCCUACACCAACCUGAACGGCAUGCUGGGCCCCCCGGCGCCCGCCCUGCACCACGGCCUGCGGGACCCCCUGGGCCACGAGGAGGCGGCCGGGCUGCACGACCCCCAGCUGGAGGCCUCCCCGCAGCACCUGGGCCACCCGCAGGAGCACUCGGACGAGGACGCGCCCAGCUCCGACGACCUGGAGCAGUUCGCCAAGCAGUUCAAGCAGCGGCGGAUCAAGCUGGGCUUUACCCAGGCGGACGUGGGCCUGGCGCUGGGCACCCUGUACGGGAACGUCUUCUCGCAGACCACCAUCUGCCGGUUCGAGGCGCUGCAGCUCAGCUUCAAGAACAUGUGCAAGCUCAAGCCCCUGCUCAACAAGUGGCUGGAGGAGACCGACUCCAGCACGGGCAGCCCCACCAACCUGGACAAGAUCGCGGCGCAGGGCCGCAAGCGCAAGAAGCGCACCUCCAUCGAGGUGGGCGUGAAGGGCGCCCUGGAGAACCACUUCCUCAAGUGCCCCAAGCCCUCGGCCCACGAGAUCACCUCGCUGGCGGACAGUCUGCAGCUGGAGAAGGAGGUGGUGCGGGUCUGGUUCUGCAACCGGCGGCAGAAGGAGAAGCGCAUGACGCCGGCCGGGGUCCCGCACCCGCCCAUGGAGGAUGUUUACGCGCAGGCGGAGACCUCGCCGCUGCACCACCCGCUGCAGAGCUCGGUGCAGUGACUGGGCGGCGGGGCAGGGGGCUCGGGGCGGGGGCAGCGCCGGAGUUACAGUGGGGGCCCAGGAGCCAGGGACUGCGGGGAGGCCCCGGCCCCGGCCGCGGGCAGAAGGGACCCGAACCCCGCCAGCGGCCCC